AUGUUCCAUUUUGUCGACGAGCCCUUAAAUCAGAGGCGGUGGCUUGGAGAAGGUCGCAAUGCCCGCUGGCGACAUAAUGGUUCUGCCCCCAAUCACAACCACGUAGCCCAACAAAAAAAAAUAGCGGAAGUGAAGACCUGGAAGACUAAGAAAACUCGGUCUUCCAGAGUUAGGGCCACUGCUCAGCAGUACCCUGAACUCGAGAAGUUGAAGGGAAAUAUUUUCCACGGAAACCAAGUUGCGAAUGUGAAACAGUUGGAAUAUAUGCUGGUGGAACUGCAGAAUGAUUGGAUGCUGACGUGUCUUCGAAUUGUGGUGCAGGUAAAUGCUCAGAAUUCGCAGCACUUGCCAACUAUUUCCACGUAUUCGCCUACUGUGCUGCUAAUGAUGAAUGAAAUAUCUCUAAUGAUUGUUAUGUGCUUGUUGCAGGAACCUGUACGUGUGAACCGUAUCCCCACAGACGGGGAUACUGAUGCAAACAUCAUAAUAACUCUAGAAGGGCAAUACGGUCUGUGUGAAGUAUUAUCUACUGGACUGGAUACAACCUUUAGUUUUGGUGCUAAUAUCCUGCAUCUGAUUCGGGAACGGUCGUGUUGCUGGAGGGUCCCAACCAUGUGGUGUUGCCACUAG